CGCUUUAGUUGUAGCAUCGUAGUUUUAACCUUCUUACUAUUUACGUCCUCCGAGUUUUUGUAUCCUCUAAAGGUUUUUAAAAUAUUUAGUCUUGCUCACCAUGUUUGUGAAAACUUUUUCUGCGCACUGACCUCCAAGAAGCUGCAAAGCCGGCGUUAGCUUAGCAUGCUAGCUGGAAGCAGACAGGAUGAAGCUGAGCAACAAGAGGCGGAGAUGGAUAACAGAUUAGAGGUCCAACAGCUGCUGGUCAAAGAGGAGUUUCCUCCGGACCAGAAGUCUGCACAGAUUAAAGAGGAACAGGAGGAGGCUGACAUCAUCGAGUUAACAUUCAGUCCAGCCCCUGUGAAGAGUGAAGACGAUAAAGAAAUUUCUCAGCCUUCAGAGCAUCAUCACAGCCAAACUGAGAAGACUAAUGGCUCCGUAGAAGGAGCAGUUUCAGAACAAUCACUAAAUGAAAACAGUAUUUCAGAGUCUACAYAGACAGAUGUCAGUGAGGGAAACUGGGAGGAGAGCAGUGAACUUCUGUCAGAUUUGGACUGCGGUGAUGUAAAAUYUGUUGCUAGUAAGACUUUGCACACUUGCAGUGAUUGUGGUAAAACAUUCAAUCGCAGGGGAUGCCUUUUAGGACACCAGAGGAUUCACACCGGAGAAAAACCUUUCAGCUGCUCAGUGUGUAAUACAGCCUUCACGUGGAAAAARGCUUGCCUGGAACACACGAGAAUCCACACAGGAGAAAGACCUUUCAGCUGCUCUUUUUGUGACGCAGCUUUUAAAAGAAAAUUCACCUUGGUGCAACACUUGAGAACCCAUUCGGGGGAGAAACCUUUCGCCUGCUCCGUCUGCGGUCAGAGCUACAGACACAGUGUAGGUCUGAGUCGUCACAUGAGGAGUCACACAGGAGAGAAGCCUUACUCCUGCUCUGUCUGCGAGGUGACUUUCAAAUGGAAAAAUGCCCUUGUAGAACACACGAGGAUCCACACGGGGGAAAAACCUUUCCGCUGCUCCGUUUGUACGGCAGCCUUCAGAAGGAAACAGGAUUUUGUGAACCACACACGGGUCCACAGUGGAGAAAAACCCUUCAGCUGCUCCYUUUGUGGUCAAGGCUUCAGCAAAACCAUAUAUUUAACUUCUCACAUGAAAAGUCAUGAAGGACAGGAACCUUUCAGCUGAACAAGCUGAAGAUUGUACUGAGUGACUUUUGUUUUUGUUUUAUAACAGCACAAGGAUGUACUUAAAGAUGGAAAUGAGGCUGUUAGAUUUGUUAUUAUAACUUUAGUACGAUGUUAAAAGGCAGCUUGAUGUUGGUCUACAUUGCUACAUUAUGCGUUUAUACAAACUAUAUUAUGUCAUGAUCAUACCCACCUGCUUUAUUUAUUAAACUCUGCACCUGGUCAUUUAGUUUCUGCUUCAUUGAUAAAUAAAAUAAACAUGCUUUUGAUACAAGACUACUUUUAUAAAUAUUCGUGAUGUAAUCYCGUUUCUUACCAAUGAAAGGCAUGAAAAUGUGUAGUUUCUUUGUCAUAAAAUAAACACGUUUUUGAAACCUUUCUCUAAA